GAUCACCUUGGAAGGCCAUGAAGGGUAGCCGUGAAGACAUGAAAGAUGCCCAGGAAGUUUCGAGUGCCAAAGAGUCCCUCGCAUCAAGUGGCCAUGAUGUGAAAGCAGAAGGAAAGCCCCUUCAGGAGAAGAAAAGCAGCCUAAUACCCAACAAUAUCAAGGCCAAAUAUGGAACAUCUAUGGUAGAAAAACUGGUCUCUGAGGAGCAGGCUCGCCGGACUCUCUGUGAAGCUGGACUGAUUCAAGGGCAGAAGCGCCUCAGUGACUGGACAUUUAAGCCACUAGAGAAUCCAAUAGCAGCUUCACCAUAUGCCGAUUAUUAUGAACUAGGCUACAACAUGAGGUCCAAUGUUUUCCAAGGAGGCCCACUAGAAAGCAGGAGCUUGAUGAAGGAUUCCUAUACUGCAGAUGUGAUAAAGAGGGCAGUCCGAGACCCCAAACACUGGCAUGGAAGGAAAACGGACGAUCUAGGGAGAUGGUUCCAGAAAAAUGCCCUAAACCUUAAUCUGCAAAAAGCUUUGGAGGAAAAAUAUGGGGAGAAGAACAAAGGCAGCAAAUCCUAAGAGCGAAUAAAAGAGGGAUGAGAGCCUUUUGGGAAAGUUAUCUGCCUCUCCCUAGCAAUGGAAUAAACCUCCAUGCAGCCUCUGAUGUUGUAUGUGCUACGUAUUGAUGGACGGGCAAGUAAAGUUGCCAACUGGCCAGGAAAAAUAACAGUCUGGCCUGCUGUUGUGCUUUUGACAGUCAUCUCAAAUGCAAAAAUCAAGGCAUCCCAUUGCUACUUUCCUUUGAUCAAAUGGCUGUCAAAGGCCCAAAGGAGCCAAUGAAAAAAAAACACAGGUAACAUUAAACUUAGGACAGCAAUAGAAACUGGGAAAAUGCAGUGUUGGAGACAAGUGGAACUGGGGGGGUUGCCAACUUUUUAAUUGGCCCCUCUAGCUAUUCAUUUAAUGUACUUGACCUUCAGUAAUUAGUAGGUGAUGUUAAUUACUUUCAUUCUGUGAAAAGCUUUGACUGCCAGUUUCCACGCAAUAAGCCUCUAUUAAUGUGACAAGAUAUUUUUCUCUGGCCAGAUGGAAACAAGGAUGGGUGGAUUACUAGAGAAACAGAUGUAUGGGACAACAGCUCCUGCUCCAAUAUAAGCAGGAGAGCUCCAACCACCACCUGGAGAUUAUCAUUCCAAUGCCUCUUUGCACCACCGUCUAUAAGUACUAGUUACCUUCUGGUGCCCCCAUACAUUUCUGACUAUGGUGGAAUUACCUGGAGUUUGGCAGCCCAACCGACAACCCUAAUGGAGGAUACUAAUUUCUUCCCUCCCACCGUAUCCUCUUCCACUGGAAACUUUCAGGGUCAUUUCCUGCAAAAUUACAUAUGUGGGAUCUCCCCAACUUCACACUACAUCCACCACUUUUAGAAACAUAUUGAGAGAGCAACUUGGGAUGGUUCCCAUCAGGUCUCCCAUCACUUUAAUACUCCAAGACAAUCCUACACAAGAGGUUAUAUUUCCCUUGCACCAUUCUCAUUAAAAAAAAACCUCUUUACCAAUGCAUUUUCUUAAGGAAAUCUGUAUUUCUACCCCCCUAAAAAUCUUAAAUGGUUUAAGUGAUCUGAUGACCACCUUCUACUUAGUACUUUACCUCCAGAAAUAGCAGGGAAGGUGUUGGUUCAUUUCUCAGGCUCUCCCCUGUACCAGGAAAUUAGGAUGGCCUUACUGGUAGCAGUUCCUUUUUAUAAAGAAUAGCAACCAACUGUGAAAUGAGGCUAAAGCAUCUGA